UUAAAAUAAACCCAGAAACUUCUCACAGUAAAUUGUUAAAAUCAGUUGGCAAUACUGCUUGUAUUUGUGAUCCUCGAAAAAAACAUUACCAAAAAUGCCGGACUGCAAUAAAAAUUUCGAAAGUGAAAUUAAAGAGGGCAAAAACCUACGCAACGUUAAAUGUAAAUACUGCAGCUCCUUAAUACUGACACCUUCUACGGGCACUUUUACAAGUUUUGAGUUUAACUUGCCGUUGAUGAAACAAAGCAAAGUGAAUGACUCCAAUCCGGAUACAGAGAAUGUGUCCUUGUUUUGGGCUGUCAACGAAAUGUACACGUUCCAAAACGUUGGUUUUUCAAACACUGUAGGUGACAACAAAUAUUUGACUUGUGCGGACUGUGAGGCAGGGCCCAUUGGAUUCCACGACAUUCCCAGCAAAAAGAGUUAUGUGGCUUUAAGUCGUGUGCAACAUGUUUAG